AUGGACUGUCUCCUGCUGGUCGGCUGGACUUUACCUGUUGCGAUUCUCGGCGGCAGCUCCAUGCAAUUCCCGACUCUCCCGUGGCUUGGAAGCGCUGUAAAGACCCUUCAGCUGUGCUGCCUCUGUUGCAUGUCUCAUGCAGCAAGUUUAACCAGUGACAGCAUCAGUGAAUUGAACCAUGACUAUGUAUUUGUGACACCUGUCAAAGUGGAUUCCAGUGGAUCGUACAUUUCGCAUGAUGUUUUGCACAGUACUAGGAAAAAGAGAUCAACUCAGAGUUCAAAGAGUUCCUUGCACUACAAAUUUUCAGCAUUUGGACAGGAACUUCACUUAGAACUUAAACCUUCGACCAUUUUAAGCAACAGUUUUAUUGUCCAGGUACUCGGGAAAGAUGGAGUCUCAAAUUCUCAGGAACAUGAGAUUGAGCAGUGUUUCUACCAGGGAUUUAUAAGGAAUGAUAGCACCUCUUCAGUAGCAAUAUCUACAUGUGUAGGCUUGUCAGGUUUGAUAAGGACACGGAAGAUCGAGUUCCUUAUAUCUCCAUUACCACAGCAGCUAGCACAGGAGCACAACUACACUUCACCUGCUGGACACCAUCCUCAUGUAUUAUAUAAACGAACUGCAGAAGAGAAGGUGCACCAGUACACAGUAGAGUCCAAUCCCAAAUACUUUUCUUUUGGUCAUCACAGAAUUCACACUUCCCACAAGUAUCAUGCUCAAGCGAAUGGUUACCACCAUGGAAGGUUUCAAAAGCAACAUUUUUGUGGACGUCGCAAGAAAUAUGCACCUAAGCCACCCACAGAAGAGACAUACAUUCGCUCGGAUGAAUAUGGGACUUCUGCAAGAUUCAAAAGAUCAUCUGCAAAAAUUCAGAAAAAUGGAAGUCUAAAUGUUGAAACCCUUGUUGUGGCAGAUAAAAAAAUGUUGGAGAAACAUGGCAAGGAAAACGUAACAACGUACAUCUUAACAGUUAUGAAUAUGGUCUCUAGUCUGUUUAAAGAUGGGACAAUUGGAAGUGAUAUAAACAUUAUCGUUGUGAGCCUUCUUCUUUUGGAACAAGAGCCUGGUGGAUUACUGAUUAACCACCACGCGGACCAGUCACUAAACAGCUUUUGUCAAUGGCAAUCUGCUCUGGUUGGGAAGAACGGAAAGCGCCAUGACCAUGCCAUCUUGCUUACGGGUUUUGAUAUCUGCUCUUGGAAAAAUGAGCCCUGUGAUACUUUAGGAUUUGCACCUAUCAGCGGCAUGUGCAGCAAAUAUCGUAGCUGCACCAUUAAUGAAGAUACAGGCCUUGGACUGGCUUUUACAAUUGCUCAUGAAUCUGGACACAACUUUGGUAUGAUUCAUGAUGGAGAAGGAAAUCCUUGUAGAAAAGCUGAGGGUAAUAUUAUGUCUCCCACACUCACAGGAAACAACGGAGUGUUUUCUUGGUCUGUAUGCAGCAGGCAGUAUCUCAACAAAUUUCUCAGUACAGCUCAAGCUGCCUGCCUGAUUGAUGAACCUAAGCAAACAGGACAGUAUAAAUACCCUGACAAACUGCCAGGGCAGAUCUACGAUGCUGAUACCCAGUGCAAAUGGCAAUUUGGAAUGAAAGCAAAACUGUGCAACCUCAGCUUUGUAAAGGAUAUAUGCAAAUCUCUCUGGUGUCACAAAGUGGGUCAUAGGUGCGAGACAAAGUUCAUGCCAGCAGCGGAAGGAACAGCUUGUGGUAUAAGUAUGUGGUGUCGAAGAGGACAGUGUGUCAAAUACGGUGAUCAUGGACCCAAGCCUGUCAAUGGCCAGUGGUCUGCCUGGUCUGAGUGGUCAGAAUGUACUCGCACUUGUGGAGGUGGGGUCACAUAUCAAGAAAGACACUGCAAUAAUCCAAAGCCACAGUAUGGCGGCAAAUUCUGCCAAGGUUCCAGUCGUAUUUAUCAACUUUGUAAUAAUCAGCCAUGUCCAGCAAAUAGUUUGGACUUCCGUGCCCAGCAGUGUGCAGAAUACAACAGCAAACCUUUCCGGGGGUGGUACUACAAAUGGAAGCCAUACACUAAAGUGGAAGAGGAAGACAGGUGUAAAUUGUACUGCACAGCUGAAGACUUUGACUUUUUCUUUGCAAUGUCCAGCAAAGUGAAGGAUGGAACUCUGUGUUCUCCGAAUAAAUAUGAUGUUUGCAUUGAUGGAAUAUGUGAACAAGUAGGGUGUGAUCAUGGACUUGGUUCCAAAGCUGCAUUGGAUGCUUGUGGAGUUUGUAAAGGAGAUAAUUCAACGUGCAAGUUCUUUAAAGGCCAAUACUUGAUCCAGCACAAAGCUAAUGACUACUACGCCGUGGUCACUAUUCCGGCAGGAGCGCGCAGCAUACAGCUCCAUGAAAUGCAAAUCUCCACCAGCUACCUCGCAGUGCGCAACCUCAGUAAAAAGUAUUAUCUAACAGGAGACUGGACAAUCGACUGGCCAGGAAAGUUCUCUUUUGCUGGAACGGUUUUUGAUUAUCAACGCUCUUUUAACCAUCCAGAGAGUCUAUAUGCAGCAGGACCGACUAAUGAGACGCUGGUCUUUGAAAUCCUGUUACAAGGCAAAAAUCCUGGGAUUGCUUGGGAAUAUACGUUUCCCAAAACCAACAAUGAAAACAAGACAUCUGUUAAAAAACCCAGCUACUCCUGGGUGACGGUGCAGUCAGAGUGCUCAGCUACUUGUGGUGGUGGACACAUUACAGCAAAAGCCAUUUGCUUAGAAGAUCAUCGUACACGAGUUAAUUCCUCCUUUUGCGGCCCAAGGACGAAGCCUUUAACUGAAACAAAACUAUGCAAUACUAAUCCCUGCCCAGCAUACUGGUCAACAGGCGAAUGGAGCACAUGCAGCAAAUCUUGUGGAGGAGGGCAACAAAGUCGUCUCAUUCAGUGUGUCCAGAAAAGGGCUUUCCAAAGAGAGGAGGUAGUGGCCCAUUCCCUGUGUCCUGUCAGCACCCCUACACAGGUGCAGAUGUGCAAUAGUCAGGACUGCCCACCUGAAUGGAGCCCUGGCCUAUGGUCUCAGUGCUCCAAGACUUGUGGGAGAGGUGUUAAGAAACGGGACAUCUACUGCAAAAGUACCGGUUCUCCCAAGGUUAAAAUCUUGCCUGAAAGUAUGUGCAGCAGAGACCAUAAACCUGAAUCCCAGCAGACUUGCGUGCUAGGACGCUGCCCCAAAAAUGACCGACUCCAGUGGGUGAUUUCUUCCUGGAGUGAGUGCUCAGCCUCCUGUGGCCCAGGUGUGCAAAAGCGAGAACUAAAAUGCGGCGAGAAAAGCAUCCAUGGGAAAUUGAUCACCUUUCCUCAGAGAAGAUGCAGAAACAUCAAGAAACCAAACACCAACCUGGAAGAAGCUUGUAACAAUGGAGCCUGUCCAUCACAAACGUAUAACAUGGUGUCCGGCUGGUAUUCCUCACCCUGGCAGCAGUGUACAGUAACAUGUGGAGGGGGAGUGCAAACCCGGAGCGUACAGUGCCUGCGCCACGGAAGACCAGCUUCAGGGUGCUUGCCCCAUCAGAAACCAGCAGUCCUGAGAGCUUGCAAUACUAACUUCUGCCCAGUCCCUGUGAAAAGAGACGAUCCUUCUUGUGUGGAUUUCUUCACUUGGUGUCAUCUGGUACCCCAGCAUGGUGUCUGUAACCACAAAUUUUAUGGCAAGCAAUGUUGUAAAUCAUGCACGAAGAAGAACUGA